AUGGCCAUGCCCAACCCACGAACGGUGUUGACCUCCGCGCCGUCACCGCCCGCCGGCUGCUCCUCCUCCACCUCCUCCUUGUCGGCGGCGGCGGAGUUCAUGGCGCCGGCGCCUCUGUCGCCGUCCGACGGGGAGCUGCUGCGCUCGCUGCACCGCCUCGCGCGGGACCUGUCGGCGGCCGCCGAGACGCCGGUCCCGUUCCUGCGCGGCGCGCUCACGUCCAUCACAAGGCGGUACAGGCUCCUGGCCGCCACGUUCGACGACCUGGUGCUGUGCGCCGCGGCGGCCGGGGGGGACAUGCCGCGGUCCGCGUCGCUGUGCCUUCGCGAGGUGCUCCUCGUGCUGCAGCGCUUCAAGGCGCUGGCCGCCGACUGCGCCGCGCGGAGCCGGAUGCGGCUGCUGCUGCAGUCGGACGAGAUCGAGGAGGAGGUAAGGGAGCUGCACCAGGACCUGGCCACGCUGCUCGACCUACUGCCCGUCGUCGAGCUGGGCCUCGCCGAGGACGUCGUGGACCUGCUCGACCUCGCGUCGCGCCAGUGCAGGCGGUUCGCGCCGUCGGUGUCUGUCCAGGCGGAGCAGGCUCUCAAGGCCAGAGUGCUCUCGCUAAUACAGGAAAUCGAGCGGGAGAUCGUGCCGGAGCGGGAGAGGCUGCGGGAGAUCCUGGAGGAGGUGGGCAUCGACGACCCGGCGACCUGCAGCGAAGAGAUCGAGAGCCUCGAGCGGGAGAUCGGCGACCGCGCCUCGGAGAGGUGGACGGACGCCAUGAUCGCGCUCGUCGGGCUGCUACGGUACGCCAAGUGCGUCCUGUUCAGCGCCACGCCCCGACCUUCGGAUUCCAAGCCGGACCCCGAGACAUACGACCGGGAGUCCAUAUCCCGGUGGUUCGACUCCGGCAAGUCAACGUGCCCCAAGACAGGGCAGGUCCUUACCGUUUUGGAGCUGGUUCCCAACAAGGCGCUCAAGAACCUCAUCGCCAAGUGGUGCCGGGAGAACGGCGUCGCCGUGGAGAGCAGCGAGGCGAGCAAGAGCGAGCCGGCACAGGCGGUGGCCGCGAACAAGGCGGCGCUGGAGGCGGCGCGCAUGACGGCGUCGUUCCUCGUGAAGAAGCUCUCCAUCUGUUUCUCCCCUGACGCGGCCAACCGCGUAGUGCACGAGAUCCGGCUGCUGUCCAAGUCCGGCGCCGACAGCCGCGCCUUCGUCGGGGAGGCCGGAGCCGUGCCGCUGCUGGUGCCCCUGCUCUACUCCGAGGACGCCGGGCUCCAGCUCAACGCCGUCACGGCGCUGCUCAACCUCUCCAUUCUCGAGGCCAACAAGAAGCGCAUCAUGCACGCCGAGGGCGCCGUGGAGGCGGUCGCCCACAUCAUGAGCUCCGGCGCGACGUGGCGCGCCAAGGAGAAUGCGGCGGCCGCCGUGCUCAGCCUGGCGUCCGUCCACACCUACCGGCGCCGCCUCGGCCGGAACCUGUCCGUCGUGGAGAAGCUCGUGCAUCUGGUCCGCACCGGCCCGACGAGCACCAAGAAGGACGCACUGGCCGCGCUGCUGUCGCUGGCGGGCGAGAGGGAGAACGUGGGAAAGCUCGUGGACGCCGGCGUCGCGCAGGCGGCGCUGUCCGCGAUCAGCGGGGAGGAGACCGCGGCCGCGGUGCUGGCCGCGCUGGCGAAGCGCGGCGGCGCGGAGGCUAUCGUGGGCAUCGACGGCGCCGUGGCGCGGCUGGUGGCCGAGAUGCGGCGCGGCACGGAGUGGGCCAGGGAGAAUGCGACGGCGGCGCUGGUGCUCCUGUGCCGGCGGCUGGGCGCGCGGGCGGUGACGCAGGUGAUGGCCGUGCCAGGCGUGGAGUGGGCCAUCUGGGAGCUGAUGGGCACCGGCACGGAGCGCGCCCGCCGCAAGGCCGCGUCGCUCGGCAGGAUAUGCCGCCGGUGGGCCUCCGCCUCGGCCGCCGACGGCGAGCGGGGCAGCGUGUGCCCGGCCGCCAGCAGCGUCGUGCCUCCGGCCAUGAUGGCGUCGUAA